AUGGCGACGACCUCUGACACUAGAGGGAAGUGGGAAAAAAAAAAUCUAAAGAUGAAGGCAUUUCAGACCAUCUGCAGGCAGCUUAAAAGUUCAAAGGGGUUUUCUGUAGAACCAGCCUCCCAUGUGGUUUUCUCCACUUCCUCUUAUUUGUGUGGCCGGAAGAAAAAAGUGAACCCCUAUGAAGAAGUGGACCAAGAAAAGUACUCUGAUUUAGUAAAGUCUGUCUUGUCAUUCAGAGGCCAUGCUCAGACUCCAGAAUCAUUGUUUAAGGAAGAUGCUUUACUCUAUGGACCUGUGAGUAAGUGUAAGGCCUCAAAGCAAGAAGAGGAAGCAGGAGUUCCACAAAACUGGUUUCCUCUCUUCAAUCCAGAGAAAAGUGUAAAACCAACUGCAACAAGUGAUCCUACAAUUCCUUUGAAAAUCCCUUUGCAAAGGAAUAUGAUACCAAGUGUGACCCGAGUCCUUCAGCAGACCAUGACAUCGGAACAGAUUUCCUGUUUGGAGAGGUGGAAACAGCGCAUGAUUUUGCAACUGGGAGAAGAUGGCUUUGCAGAAUAUACUUCAAACAUGUUUUUACAAGGGAAACAGUUUCAUGAAGCCUUGGAGAGCAUACUUUCACCCCAGGGGAACUUAAAAGAGAGAGAUAAAAAUCUCGACUCUGGCUAUGUCCAAAGUGUCCAGCACGUUUUGAAAGAUGUCAGUGGAGUGCGGGCUGUUGAAAGUGCUGUUCAACACGAGACCCUCAAUUAUAUAGGUCUGCUGGACUGUGUGGCUGAUUAUCAGUAAGGGCAACUGUGUGUGAUUGACUGGAAGACAUCGGAGAAACCAAAACCUUACAUCCGAAAUACAUUUGACAACCCACUGCAAGUCGUGGCAUAUGUCGGUGCCAUAAACCAUGACUCCAACUACAGCUUUCAGGUUCAGUGUGGCUUGAUCGUGGUGGCCUACAAAGAUGGGUCCCCUGCCCACCCACAUUUCAUGAACGCGGAGCUCUGUUCCCGGUACUGGGCAAAGUGGCUUCUUCGACUAGAAGAAUAUACGAAGAAGGAAAAGAACCAGGAUAUUCAGAAACCACAUUAGGGGGCAGGCUGCUGUUUGGGAACAGUCAGCACUUGCUCAGAGUUUGGGAAGACAUACCACUAUCUACUGUGAUCUCAAAGGAGGUACCACAGGAUCUGAGAGCUGCAUUAACAAGAGCAGAACUAGUAAUUUGCUGAAAUGUAUUGCAACCAAACAAAAGCAGAAAAGUUAAAUUUAAGGAGCCGGAAUUCCACACAUAAAAGACCAAGGGAGCUACCUCUGACUGGCAUUUAGCUGAAAGAAAAACCAGCAGGAUUGGCUCAGUGUUGGUGGUUCUUGGAAAUCACCCCCUCCCACCCCCGACCCCCUGCAUGGCCUUUCUGUGUCGCGGGCAGGAUGCCCAGUCUUUGAACUGAGAGGCAGAGGGCUCAGCGUGCUGGACAUUUCCCCAGGGCACAGCAAGAGGGAGGGACAUACACCCCAGGGCAGGGGAUGAGAGGUCACAUCAGCCAACCACCACAGCCAGUGUAGUUUUCUAAAACUUGUUUUAUAUAUUGGGGUUCUUGAUACUGCAUUUGGGGAAAGAAGGUUCCAUUUAACAUUUUUGAAAAAGAUUCCUUCCCCUCAAGUAAACAUUGCUCUCAGGAGAGAUGGAGCACGUGCACCAUCUCAAUGGCAGUACCCUUUGGCCUCCCCCAAAUAACCCUCAGAAGUAGUCAGGCUCCCGUCUGAGAAUUGUAACUAUAGGUAUUUUGGUAGCUAUGCUCUGGCUUGAGUCAAGGAAUUGCGUACAUGGAGAAAAUGUAUUGUUUGUGGAGUUUUUCGGCUAUGGGGAACAAUAAUAACAUCCGUUUUUUUCUGUGUUUGAUAAGUACUAAAAUUGACUAGUUGUCACUGAGUUUGGGAAAGUUAAAUAAAUGCCCACUACAGUCCUAGAGAAGGCUCCCUGUUAUAUGGAGUAGGUUAGCAUUUAAGUUACAGUUGCUGUAGUAAAAUAGUAGAGUGCUACAAUCAUUUUUUUUUCUUUCAUUAGCCAUUAUAAGAAAUAAAAUAUAAGAUGUAAGUAAUAA